ACAACUGUAUAUAAAUGAGGGUAUAGCAUGUUCGACGGUAGUUCAAUAAAAUGGUAUGAGAGAACUACAUGGUGAAGCUUCUUACUGUAUACUCCUGUUUGAAUACAAAUACUUAACAAAUGAGUAUUUUGUCAUUUAAUUAAGAAUUUCAGAGAGAACUUCAUUUUUAAAGUGAAACUAUAGAGAAGAUAUAAAGAAUAAGAUAUUUCCAGCUAUACACUGACUGUUUACAUUCAAACAGUAAUCAGAUUAAGACAAUAGUUUGAUUUAACGGAGUUUCAUCAGAGAAAGCUGAGUUAGUACGUGUAUCAUAUCUCAGUCGCGAUACGAUUUUAAAUAAGACGAUAAAUUAUCGUACUGAAAUAUCGGCCAGCCCUGCUUUUUAACACAACAUUAACAUGUUAUCACCUCAUAAACUUGCUGUGGUGAAAAUGCUGGUUAAAAAAAAAAAACCUUAACUAUUUACUCUCGUUUCAGCUCUAUUUUGGUCUCUACCAACUCCUGAAGGAACUAUCUGUCUCUUGAGCGGUUGGAAGUACUCCACUACGUUCACCAGUUAGUUGCUAACUUUGUCCAUGUGCCGUUUGGUGCUGGGCAGGAAGUGUACAGUCGGUUUUCAGAGCUGAUGCUCUCAGCGGUGAGACUGAAUCAGAACAAUAAAGUUGAGGUCCAGAAAACCAAAAUAACCACCGUCAAUCCGAAUGAUGAAGAAACGGAGAGUUAAUCCUUUUAUCAACAUAAAAAUCUUAAGCAGCUUUAAGUGUGAUUUUAGAAGUUUUAUUUCUUCAAUUUGACUGAUGUGUAUACUGACUGUAUUGUAAAUGCAUAUCUUUGUCUCCUUAAUGUUUCCUCAGAUCUAUGGCUGGUCCCCUUCGGACGCUUGUGAUCCAAACCCUUGUGAGAAUGAGGCCAGGUGCCACAGCAUGGACCAGGACUUCUACUGCGCAUGUCCCGAAGGCUUCGAGGGGAAGACGUGUGAGCGGCUCAAGGAGAACUGCCAAACCGCUCCGUGUCAAGUGAUUGACAGCUGCACUAUUGCCGUAGCAACCAACAACUCCGCUGGAGUGCGGCACAUCUCGUCCAACGUUUGUGGUCCACGAGGACGCUGCAUCAGCCAGCCAGCGGGCAACUUCACCUGCAUGUGUGAUCCGGGUUUCAGUGGCAUCUACUGUCAUGAAAAUAUUAACGACUGCAUCAACAACCUCUGUGGAAACGGAGGGACCUGCAUUGAUGGAGUGAACUCCUUUCAGUGCUUCUGUCCUGAUGGCUGGGAGGGUCGACUGUGCGACCUCAACGUCAAUGAGUGCAGACACAACCCGUGUAAGAAUGGCGGCCGCUGCGUCGACCUGGUGAACGACUUCUACUGCGAGUGUGCCGACAACUGGAAGGGCAAGACCUGCCAUUCCCGCGAGAGUCAGUGUGAUGCAACCACCUGCAGUAACGGAGGCACCUGCUACGACCACGGGGAUGCCUUCCGCUGUGCCUGCCCACCUGGUUGGGGAGGAAACGCAUGCAACACAGCCAGGAACAGCACAUGUGCCUCCAGUCCUUGUUCCAACGGUGGAACCUGUGUGGGAGGAGGAGACACCUUCACCUGCAUCUGCAAAGAGGGCUGGGAAGGCCCCACCUGUGGCCAAAAUAUAAACGACUGCAACCCUCAUCCAUGUUACAAUGGUGGCAUCUGUGUGGAUGGAGUCAACUGGUUUCGGUGCGAGUGCGCUCCCGGAUUCGCCGGACCAGACUGCCGAAUCAGUGAGUAAUGAUAUGAGGUUACUUUACCUGCUUUUUAGAUGCAGAGCAAAUAUCCAAAACCCCCAACCAAAACAUUUAAAAUCAAAAUCCUAAACCUCAUUCAUCAUUCAUAAGAGCCUAACAUAGCCAUGGCAACAUGGUAUGAUUAAGAGGAUGGAUAGGUGGAGCAAGGAGAGACCGAAAGGAAAAGCGGGUGACAAGGAGGUGAUGGACACAUUGACACCUAAAUGUAAGACCGGUACGCCGCCCUCUCCCUUUUUCUUGGUCCUCUAACGCCUCAGAGGUCAGAGGUCGUCCCUCCUCCGUACUCGCACAGUCACACAAACACACGGAAGACAAAUUACUCAGUGACCCUGAAAUUCUUCUUCUCUGCUCUUUUGUUUCGGGCCGGAUAGCGUUCACCUUUUCUCUCAGGCUUGAAUUUGAGAAUUCUCAUCCAGACUGUGUUCAUGUGGAAUCUGGAUGACAAUGGCUCGGGCUCUCUGUGAUAUUGGUGGGAAGGACCAAUUGAUAUGUGUCGUUCAAAGCACUGCUCAAAUUAGAGAUGGGUCGGUGGUCAAACCUGUGCACAAUUUACUCAUUUAUGAGAAUAAACGUGGUCAUUCAAAACGUACAAUGCUGGGUUUAUUCCAAUAAUUGGCUUUGUGAUUUAUUUUGCUUAUUAUUUUUGAUUAUUUUGACUGGCUGCUAUUUACCCGACGGGACCACAAGAUGAAUCUGAAUGGUCAUGAGAUGAUUGACGGAAUUGGUAAU